AUCAGCAAAGCUUUACAGUGGUGGUCUGAAACUAUUUGGAAGGCUAUUACUUGCUACAACAUCCAGGCUGCAGCCCUGAAUCCACCACGUCCAAAGAUUUCAUGGAAGGAUAUUGCAGAAUAUGGUUUUCUUGCCGAGUUCGACCUUUUACACCACUCACACACAGACAUCAGGAGCAAUGAUUGGGCUAAGCCAGCCCAUCAAGAAGCCACAACAAAAUAUCUUAAGCUUCUCUGA